ACGAAGAAGAGACACAAAACCGAAACCAAAAUGAGCUAAAUGAAAAUCUUUCAAAAAUCCUUAAAUUAACAAAACACGAACGGUUUAUUAUAUAUUUAAAAUAUCAUAUGUGGAAGAGGAGUGCUUAAACAGUUGAUAGAUGGAAGAUGCAAAAAUGGAGGAAGAAAAUUCCUCAGAUACAAACGAUGUUAUUCUUCUAGAGAGUUCGACUCAGAACCCAGCUAAGUGCAGAGACGCGGACUCAGACUGUAUUAUCAUCGAGCCAGACAAGCCUGGACCUCCUGCCCUUACCUCGGUACACUCCAAGAAGCGGGCAAAAAGCUCUGGAAUACGAUGUCAGUACUGCCACUAUCGGUGUGGCACCAAGUUCUCGUUCCAGAUUCACAUCGGCUCCCAACAUCCCCUGCAUUGUGAGGACGUGCCUGUAGGACGCUUGGGUAAGGUCGUCAUCUACCAGCGCACAGCCAAGCUCUUCCACUGUCACAUCUGCUUCUUCACGUCCAAGGACUACGCCAUACUGUUCGAACACAUACUGGCUCGGCACUGCCUCGCUGUUAAAAAGGUGCCAAAGAUAAUUAAAGGUAUAAAAGCCAAGGAAGAACAUCAGGGUAUCAAGGUCAACACCAAGGGUGUUAAUGAAGAUGGAAUGGAACCGGAAGGUGCCGAUAAUCCUGAGAUUGUAAGUGAGGACCAUUCAGAGAAGCUCAAUAAGACUGAAGAAGAAUCCACUAUGGACUUGCUGAAGAGGAAACGAAGCUCUGCAUUUAGCAGUGAAGGUGACAGUGAUGAUGAUGAUGAUGAAGCUAUGGACACAGAGGGUUCAGGUAUCAGCCCAGAGGCUGUCAAAGAGCAAGACGCUGCUGUCAAAAAAUACACCGAGCACUCGAGCGCCCAAGAUUACGUCUGUAAGUUUUGCCAACGGUGCUGCAAGACUAAGGGCUUUCUGCUGCGCCACGUCAACCGGAAACACGACGUCCCAAAGCCAUACGCCUGUACAGACUGCAGUGAGAGCUUCAUCCUGGAAAGCCUGCUUAACUUCCAUGUCAAACUGCACCACAGACAAGGACUUUACCAGUGUCCAUACUGUACCUUUGAGUCCAGCCUCAGAGGCAUCCACCAACACCUCAGUACCUGUAAAGUGGAGGAGGGAUCGGGGAACUAAGCAAAAGCUAUUUGUAAUCUCUGGUUGUAAAUUUAAUCAAAUAAAAGUUUACAUUGUGA